AAUCGUGGGAAGAAAAAUGAUGUGGAAAAACUGGACAAUUGUCAGUGAAUUUGUUCUCGUAAGCUUCUCUGCCCUGUCCACUGAGCUGCAGGCUUUACUGUUUCUCCUUUUUUUGAUAAUUUACCUGGUUACUUUAAUGGGCAAUGUCCUCAUCAUCUUGGUCACUACAGCUGACUCUGCACUACAGAGUCCUAUGUACUUCUUCCUCAGAAACUUGUCCUUCCUGGAGAUAGGUUUCAACUUGGUGAUUGUGCCCAAGAUGCUGGGGACCCUGAUCAUUCAAGACACAACCAUCUCCUUCUUUGGCUGUGCCACUCAGAUGUACUUCUUCUUCUUCUUUGGGGCUGCUGAGUGCUGCCUCCUGGCCACUAUGGCUUAUGACCGCUAUGUGGCCAUCUGCAGUCCCUUGCACUACCCAGUCAUCAUGGGCCGCAAGUCCUGUGCCCAGCUGGCAGCUGCCUCGUGGUUCUCAGGGAUUCCAGUGGCCACUGUUCAAACCACAUGGAUUUUCAGUUUCCCUUUUUGUGGCCCCAAUAGAGUGAACCACUUCUUCUGUGACAGCCCUCCUGUCAUUGCACUGGUCUGUGCUGAUACCUCUCUGUUUGAACUAGAGGCUCUGACAGCCACUGUCCUAUUCAUCCUCUUCCCUUUCUUGCUGAUCCUGGGGUCCUAUGUCCGCAUCCUCUCCACCAUCUUCAGGAUGCCAUCAGCUGAGGGAAAACGAAAGGCCUUCUCCACCUGCUCCUCCCACCUCCUGGUUGUCUCUCUCUUCUACAGCACUGCCAUCCUCACGUACUUCCGACCUCGAUCUAGCAACUCUCCUGAGAGCAAGAAGCUGCUGUCGCUGUCCUACACAGUGGUGACUCCCAUGUUGAACCCCAUCAUCUACAGCUUGAGGAAUAGUGAAGUGAAGGCUGCACUGAAGCGGGUGGUCCACAGGACCCUGGGCCCUCAGAAACUGUGACUGAUUUAG